AUGACAAUAAAAAAAGAUGAUCUUACAAUAUUUCCAGUUUGUGACACAGCCAAAGAUGGCGCCUGUUUCCAGAAGAAAAACAAAAAAACAAUGCAUGUUCCCCUGUAGAUCCGUCAAGACCCAACUAUGGAAUUAAUGUUGAUAAUAGAUAUAUAAUGUACAGAUGUUACAGUGAGGCAGCAACAAUGAGCCUCAGCGCAGACUUGGUCAAGACCUUAUGAACUAUUGUGAAGGAAUACCUGAUUUAGUAGCAUGUAUAUGUGUGUGUGAUAAGAACCCCUGAGCAGCCCAAAAAUCAGAUCCCAUAGUUUUGGGAAGUAGGUGGAUUGCUGAAAAUGACCAAUCUAAAAGCACAUCUAUCUUAUGUAUAUACUCGUUUCACCUGGGAUCAAUGGCCGCAUCGGGGUUCCAUGAAUGGAUCUGAAGAUGUAUGGGCCUCUAAUUGUGCACAAGGGAUCAGUAGAAGAAAUUUUCAGAGUAUGCUUGGCGUCAGUGUUCACUUAAUCUUUUCGGGAUAUGGAUCCGUCCAACAUUCGUCUUCAUCAACUGCAUUUCUCCACCUCUCCUUGAAAAUCUCCAAUUCGGCUGCUGAUCGCAGUCUUACCUGCAAGAUUAUGUGUAGAGUUCAUUACAAGGAGGGAGAAGGAUGGCUUUCAUUGGCUCUUUAGUCCAGUCAUUUAGCAUAUUCUGAGUAAGAUAAAUCCUUUCAAUGCUUUUAUGGGCUUAUAAUAUGGUAGUCAGAUUGCAUGCUUUGAACAAUAAACAUUUUAUUUUUUUUCUGAUGAUUUCAUACAAGCUAUAUCAGCUAUUCCAUGAAGAACUCCCCACCGACUAAUAUUAGAAUGAGUUCGAAUAGAAAAGCAAGGUCUAAAAGCUUUAAAUGAUUGUCACCAUAUGAGAUAAGAACCCUAGAAACCUGAGAAAUUGAAACGGCAAAUAAAAUAUUUGAAAUAACACUCGUGGUUUAAUUACUGCUUACAUUUAUCCUAUCUUCAUUGCCGGAGGAUGUUCCAGAUGGGACCUAUAGGGAGAAAUAUAUCAGAAAAUUACACAAAGAAAGGAUAAACUAAGGCGAGAUAUGUUAGAAUUGCGCACCUGCUUUUUCAAGUCGGAUGAAACUUUCGACUGAGGAUGAGAGCUGGGUUCUGGAGCUAACUGCAUGAUAGGCACAUUCUUAUCAAUGAAAGGACCUAUGGAAGGCAACCUUAUAGCAAACUUGCCAUUUGCUACGGUAAAUUCUCAAAUCGAGCCAAUAUAAAUCAUAUUAGUAACUCAAAUUGGGUUUAUGGGAAAUGAGCUGACACAUGGCUGUGAAAAAUCACCCCUGAAAAGCAUUUUAA